CAGAGUUCCGAUGCAAUAUGGUAUUUUUAUGCAGUCCAAGAGAUCAAUUUAUCUUGUGAUGUGUUUCCCCCAUAUUUCUGUGAUUUUCUGAUAUAUGUCUCGCCUAAAAUGAAGAAUAUUUUGCUGAGAUCUUCUACAAAAAAUUUUAAAUUUUCGUCAAUUUUCCAAUGCGAAACGGCCGCAUGAUGGAUUUCAGUAUCGGCGCGCAAAGGAUCUUCAGUUUAAAUAUUUGCUGAGCUGAACGCGCUCACGAUUAUCGGUUAUUUUUCAGCUUUCGGCCUUGUUCCUUUUCGGCCCUAUUCCUUUUCGGCCUUGUUCCGCUCAGCCGUUUUCGGCCUUGUUCUUUUCGGCCCUAUUGCGGGACUCCGGCUCACUGUACAUAAAAUUUCAUACUUUUCCCCCCAACCCUCAUUGUCAGUUGUCUUUCUUCUUUCUUCCAUUGGGGAGGCAAAAUUGUAGAUAAACAGAGACAAAAUAGAUAACUUCAAUUGUGAGCUGUUAGACUGUGACUGCCGGUUUGAUCGACGUCUCCGGGUUCAGACAAGUCAGAACUUGAAGUGCAAAACGGAAUGUAAUUAUUAUGGUGGAUUUAUUCCAGUAGAUUUUGCUGAGAAGUGAAUUUAUUUUGGAAUUUUCGCUCUGCUCUAUCUCCAACUCAUGAUCCAAUCCUGAGCACAAGAAAGGCAGCGUAACAAAACUCGUCAAACCCAGAAGCAUCUACAAUAAGACCGCAGACCAACUUCAGAAGCCAUUUCGGCUUUAUAAAAGAAAUAUGGUAGUUGGGAAGAUAAAGUUGUUGACAGCUGGGCCAAAAAUUUUCAAUGUGAAAAUAGUGCCUUUGUCCCUUGGCAUCACACUGAUCGGAGGUGGUUUUGCUAUGCUGUAUUACCUGAUGAAAGAUGACGACGAGUGUGAUAGCUGUGAAGACUUGGAAGUGCAGCAGAACAAAAGGAGACGCACAUUUUGUGAGGUGCGCAUUGAAAAGGACAAGGUCGGCUACCUCAUCGGAAAGAGUGGAAUCACAAUCAGAGAAAUCCAGGAGAAGACUGCGACCAGGAUCACUUUCAAAGAUGAAAAUGCUUCGGAAAACUACAGGGAGUGUAUCAUCCGAGGGCUUCCUGCAAAUGUGCAAAAGGCUGAAUACAUGGUCAAGGAUUUCCUCGAGAAGCAUAAGAUUGAAAUUGCAGAGUUUCUUGUCCCAAAUAGCGCUUGUGGCCUGAUCAUCGGCAAAGGUGGAACUACUAUUCGAGCACUGCAGAAAAAUUCUGGUGCUAAAAUCACGGUUGACAGCUCUGAAUUUGGAGUUAAGGGUCAAAAAGUUACCCUUAAAGGAACGGCAAAGGAAGUUGCCGAGGCAAAGAGAUUGAUUGAGGAGAAGAUCAAAGAGGACUGUCCGGACAAGGGGUUCUCCCAAUUUCAAUCUUUGACCCCAACUGAUGUGUUUGAAUCGUAUGAAUCGUCAAAUGUCGAGACAAUGCCCCCAGAGGAGGAUUUCAUCAAUGUACAUUUGUCUGCCUUGACCAGCCCUAGCUGCUUCUACAUUCAAAUUGCAGAUGAAAGAUUAAAGCUGCUGGAAGCCUUGGAAAAAGAUAUCUUUGAGUUCUAUGAGAAUGAGGAGAAUAGGAAUUUCCACAAGUUAGAGACUGCAGGUGUUGGACGCACUGUAGCCUGUCAAUUCAAAGAUGGCAAGUGGUACAGAGGCACCGUCGUCAAAACCAAGAGCAACAAUGAAAGGGUCAAAGUGUUCUAUGUUGAUUACGGAGACGUCGAGUGGAAGAAAAUUUCAAGUGUGUUCGCUCUGAAUCCUAAAUUCCAAGAGCUGAAACACCAGGCCAUCAAGUGUUCCUUGGAAGGAAUUGAACAAUUGGAAGAGAAGUGGUCUGAGGAGGCAGUCGACAUGUUCGAAAACCUAACUUAUGACUCGGAAAACAAGAAGGUCAUGCUAGCCAAGGUCAAAGGUUUUUGCGAGUCGCCUUUCCACAGCUACAUUCCAAGUGUUAUUUUGAAGACUUCUGGAGAUGGAGAUGGAUUGCUUGUGUCUGAGGAGCUAAUUGCCCUUGGCUAUGGAAGACCAGUUGCCUCAAUUAUCCCAAAUCUCUUGCCAGGAGGAGAAGAGGAUUGGAACUGAGACGAAAGUUUUUUUGGAACAUAUGCAAAUUGAUUUUUUGAAACUAUCCUAUUUCUAAAGAAACUAAAAUCAGCAGAAUAUUGGAGUUAAAUUGUCACAAAGCUAAUUUGAAGGGAAAUUAUUUGCACAUAUGCAAGAUUAUAAUCAACAAUGA